UCGGUCGCUCCUCCUCCUCUCGGUCCAUGCUGUCUGUGUGUAGCGCAACAUCAGCACUGCUCCUCAGGACCGGUAUAUUUAUCGUUCGCGCGGUUCCGAGGGUCAGAACCAGUCCCGUACAUCUGUGCGGCUCCUCACCGACCAGAGAGCUGUUCCUGUCGGCCUGCUUGUGCAAGAAGAAGAAGAGAAGCGCGUGGCUGGAGAUGACGGAAGGACAGAAUAUGGAUGGCAGCAUUGAGGAGGUUCUGGCUCCAUUAAGGCUGGCAGUAAAGGAGCAGGGUGAUCUUGUGCGUCAGUUGAAGGCAGAAAAUGCUCCUGAUGUAGAUGUCAGUAAGGCUGUAGCAGAACUCAAAGCUCGCAAGAGAUUCCUUGAGGCCAAGGAGCUUUCCUUACAGCCCAAAGAUGACAUUGUGGACCGAACCAAGAUGGAAGACACCCUAAAAAGACGUUUCUUUUACGAUCAAGCCUUUGCCAUCUAUGGCGGUGUCAGCGGGCUGUAUGACUUUGGGCCGGUGGGAUGUGCUCUGAAGAACAAUAUUCUGCAAGUCUGGAGGCAACACUUCAUCCAGGAGGAGCAGAUUUUGGAGAUCGACUGCACCAUGCUUACACCCGAACCUGUUCUCAAGACAUCCGGGCAUGUGGAUAAGUUUGCAGACUACAUGGUCAAGGAUGUCAAGAAUGGAGAGUGUUUCCGUGCCGACCACCUUCUUAAAGCUCAUCUACAGAAACUAAUGAGUGACAAAAAAUGUCCGGCAGAAAAGAAAGCAGAGAUGGACAAUGUCAUCACUCAGAUGGAUAACUACACUCAGCAGGAGUUGGCCGAUUUGUUUGUGCAAUACAAUGUCAAGUCUCCCAGCACAGGAAAUGAUCUCACACCUCCAAUCUCAUUCAACCUAAUGUUCCAGACCUCCAUUGGGCCUGGAGGCAACAUGCAAGGCUACUUAAGGCCAGAAACCGCUCAGGGAAUCUUCCUCAACUUCAAGCGUCUUUUGGAGUUCAACCAGGGGAAGCUGCCAUUUGCUGCUGCCCAGAUCGGAAACUCCUUCAGGAAUGAGAUCUCACCUCGCUCUGGCUUAAUUCGUGUCAGAGAGUUUACAAUGGCUGAGAUCGAGCACUUUGUAGACCCCAAUGAGAAGGUUCAUUUCAAGUUCUCCAAUGUGGCUGAUCUGGAUAUCCUGCUUUACUCUUCCAAAGCACAGACCAGUGGACAGUCUGCCCAGAUAAUGAGACUGGGUGAUGCAGUGGAGCAGGGUGUCAUCAACAACUCUGUCUUGGGCUACUUCAUUGGAAGGAUCUACCUUUAUCUGGUUAAAGUUGGUGUGGCGAAAGACAAACUGCGUUUCCGUCAGCACAUGGACAAUGAGAUGGCCCACUAUGCCUGUGACUGCUGGGAUGCUGAGACCAAAACCUCUUAUGGGUGGAUUGAGAUCGUAGGAUGUGCCGAUCGCUCAUGUUAUGAUCUUCUGUGUCACGCACGUGCCACCAAAGUCCCUCUGGUUGCAGAGAAACCCUUAAAGGAACCCAAAGUUGUAAAUGUUGUUCAGUUCGAGCCAAACAAAGGAGCCAUUGGCAAAGCAUAUAAGAAGGAUGCAAAGCUUGCCAUGGAGUACCUGGCCAUCUGUGAUGAGUGCUAUAUCACAGAACAGGAGAAACUGCUCAACGAGAAUGGUGAGUUCACCAUCGAGACUGAGGGCAAGACUUUCAAACUCACCAAGGACAUGGUUAACAUCAAAAGAUUCCAGAAGACCCUGCAUGUCGAGGAGGUGGUUCCUAAUGUGAUCGAACCCUCUUUCGGGAUUGGGAGGAUCAUGUACUCAAUCUUUGAGCACACAUUCCGCAUCAGGGAGGGUGACGAACAAAGAACGUAUUUCAGCUUCCCUGCCACAGUUGCACCAUACAAAUGCUCCGUCCUUCCAUUGAGCCAAAAUCAGGAAUUUAUGCCGUUCGUUCGAGAGUUAUCUGAAGCCCUCACCAGGAAUGGUGUCUCCCACAAGGUAGAUGAUUCCUCAGGAUCCAUCGGCAGACGCUACGCCAGAACGGAUGAGAUUGGUGUGGCAUUCGGUAUCACCAUUGAUUUCGACACCGUUAAUAAGACGCCACACACAGCCACUCUGAGAGACCGCGACUCCAUGAGGCAGAUCAGGGCUGAGGUUGGUGAGUUGCCUGAAAUCAUUCGUGACCUGGCCAAUGGUGCCAUCACUUGGGCAGAGGUGGAAAGCAAGUACCCGAUCUUUGAAGGGCAGGAGACCAGCAAAAAGGAAACUGCGGAGGAGUAGAUUGUCUAACUCAUCUGCCUUUUUGCUGGAGGCAAUCACGGACAUUUUUACAUUUGCAUACAUAGGAUCAAAUUAAUGGCAAUUGUAACGUACAACCAGUCAAUGUGCACCAGAUGUUCCACUCAGCUGGAACCACUGUAAUCAAACGCCUCCUUUAAAAGUCAAUGAAGCUCUAGAAGGACUUACAGUAAAGAUGUCUGUAAUUAGGUUUCCGUACUAGCAAAGGGAUUUCACCAUUCCUGUCCAUGGAUUAAUAAAUGAAGUUAUGAAGCUCACAUAUGGUCAAAUAAAUCAAACCAGCACUUUCUGGACCUAUUAAA